CUUUUCACUUUUUUUUUUCUUUAACCUACAAUAAUGAUUGCCCCUAUCACUGGUAAAUACCGUAAGCAAGUUAUCAAGGAUAUCGCCAUUUCCCUCACUUUGGGUGCUGUUGGUGGUGCUGCUUGGUGGAACCUCUACCACCUUCCCAAGGCUGCUCAACGUGACGCUUAUUACGCCAAGCUCGAAGCUAGCAAGCAAUAAAUUACAACCCCCCUCUUUCUUCACAACAAACCACAACCAUUGCAAUAAACGAAGCCACUUGUACCGAAAGAAGAAAAAAAACUACUUUGUUUGAACAAUAAAACGACUACUUAUUAGAAUAUACAUGUUUAUUAAAUAGUAAUAGUGUAUUAACGUAUUAGAAAAAGAGAGAGAGAGAGAGAAAAAAGGUGUAAAU